AUGAAAAUUCCUCUAGGAUACCGAUGGCGAUCGUCACAAUGGUUUACUGUCGCCUCCAUUGCGAUGGCUCUCUUUUCAGCCAAUUUUCUUUACAGCUACAUCGUUCCUAUUCUUCAGAUUAUACUCGAAGAUCGACUUCAUGUUGAGAAAUCUCAGACUCAAGCCGUGACUUCACUCGUAUUGUCUAGUCAUGCAUUCGUUUCCAUGCUGGCUGGACCGGUGAUCGGCCAUGUGGCUGAUAGAAUCCCAAAUCGCAAGCGAUCUCUGCUUAUGGGACUCGGAGCGGAGCUGAUUGGGACAAUUAUUAUCAUGAUAUCACCUUCUGUGCCGAUGAUGUUGAUUGGGCGGUCGAUUCAAGCCAUUGGCGGAAAUGCAGCGUGGAUCGUUGGACUUGCUACCCUCGCCGAUACAGUGGGACAGGAAAACACAGGAAAGACUUUGGGCGCAAUUUCAUCAUUCUAUUCUUCAGGCGUGCUUUUUGGACCAAUGGCCUCUGGUAUGCUGUUAGGGCUGGUUGGUUACUGGAUGACCUGGAUGGCUGCUAUCGCUGUUCUUGCUAUUGACAUUCUCAUGCGAGUUCUCAUGAUCGAAAAGAACCACAAUCAACACAUGAAAAACACAACGAGUACAUCAGCAGACAAAUAUGCAAACGACAUCGAGGCUACACAACCUCUUGAUUCAAACGAAGUGAAUGAGGAAACUUCACUACUUCAUGCCUCCGAAGAUGAACACCAAGACUACACUAAACAAAAGCAAGAUGUCACAGUGACCCAACUCUGGUCAGACACAGAACCGGAUUCGCCACCGUCUUAUGAGAAUUUCUACAUGUUCAUUGUGACCAAUCCUCGAGCUCUCACUGCGUUAAUCUGCCAUGCUUCAAUGGCAGUGAUUCUACUCAGUCUGGAUACCACCUUACCUCUGCAUGCUACUCGGACAUUUGGUUGGAGCACUGCCCGAGUAAGCUCAAUGUUCUUGAUUUUGCAGAUCCCCUCCCUAAUGUUUAGCACAUUCAUGGGUAUGCUGAAAGACAGAGUUGGCGUGAAAGUUCCGACUGGUUUGGGGUUCUUUACCAUGACGUUCUUUCUUUGGCUCUUGGGUGCAGCCGGAAAUGACGGGCUUGCCUUUGCAAAUGCAGAAGAAAUGGGCCAGACGGUCUCCAUGGUAUCUAUCGCUGGAAUGGGUAUCGCACGUGUUUUGAUCAGUGGCUCUGGGAUUAUGGAGAUCACAAAUGUCAUGAAAGAGGCUCAAGAGACACAUCCUAGCCGUUUCGGGCCCAAUGGCAAGAUGUCUUCAGCAUAUUCAAUGACCAAUUUUACUUGGAACACGGGAAUGCUUAUUGGGCCUAUAAUGUCAGGUGUUCUUGUUCGGACUGUGGGAUAUUACUAUAUGAACACAGUAAUAGCUAUGAUAUCUUUCAUGGUUGGAAUUCUUGCCUUGACCUUCUUAGGACAAAGAUAA